UUGCGGGGCAUAUGGUUCAUCACCCGCCAGCUUGCGACAUCGGGCCUUUACUGAUGAAGCGCAUGCAAGCGUGAUUGAGGCUGGCUGCCUCCCAGUCUCACGGAAAAAUAGUAUGGCGACAGUAGACCGCGAGCAGAAAGAGCUGCUGGCGCUGAUGCACCAGCACUUGGUUCAGGCUGGCUUUAAGAAAACAGCGAAGGAGUUGCUGGAAGAGAGCGGCCAGAAAACCUUUCCGUCAUGCCCCAUCCCUCUUAGAGAUAUCUUCAUUCAAUGGAAAGCUUCCUCGCGAGCACCCAAACGAAAGGCCGAUGACAUCAGCAGAGGCAGUCCGGCAAAGAUCAGAGUUCCAGACCCUAAGAGCAGCUCAGAGAGCUCAGAAGAGGAGGAAGCCGCAAAUGUCACAAAAACUAACCUGCCUGUGAAUAACAGCUCUAUGGCUAAGGCUGAGAGUAGCAGUGAGGAUGAGGAUUCGUCUUCCGAAGAGGAAGCGGUCACCGGAAAGACAGUGAAAAAUCCUGUGGCAGUAAACAAAACGGACUUGCUGCAACUUGCUGCUCAGAAAACAAAUUCCUUUGCGGGAAAGGGGGUGGCUGUAGCGGCUGUCCAGGCAAAAGAGCAGCAGAACAAGGCAACUCCCAAUAAGGUUGCUGCUAUUCCAACUCCAAGUGCAGCAAAAGCUGGACACAAGAAAGUCCCUUCAGAUAAACAGGGACCUGCUCCCCAGGCUCCUUUUCCUGCAAGACAGAGUCCAGCACAAGCAGCUGCUGCAAGGAAGACUGUGAAUGCUGAAAGUGGCAGCAGCUCAUCAGAGAGUGAGGAAGAGGAGGAAACAGUGGCUGUGGGGAAAAUUCCACCUCCAAAGCAAGUUGCACAGAAAGCAGAGAGCAGCAGUGAGGACACGAGUGAUGAUUCUGACUCUGAAGAUGAAGAUAGAAAAGCAGCAACACCCCAGGUAAAAGCUGCUGUUCCAGGUGCCCAGGUGAAUGCAGCGUUGGCAAAAAGAUUGCCAGCUGCUCCUGUACCUUCCAGAGGAAAUGUGGUACAGGCCUCUCCAGCAAAGCCAGCGGGGAGCCAAGCCAGAGCAGCCCCUGGCAAUGCAGUGAGACCCGCAGAGCCAACAGACAGCUCGGACACCAGCGGCUCAUCGGACAGCGAGGAUGAGGAGCCCCCCUCGGCACCACAGGCUCAGUCAGCUGGGAAAACUCCGAAGGCCUCUGUGGCAUCGGUGAAAAGCACUCCAUCCAGUGCACCGGCAGACAAGGCAGCCUCUACUCCAGCUCCAGUGAAGGCAACGCCAAAGUCGCCUGUGGCCACCUUGGCGAAAGUGCCACCACCUGCAAAGGCUGCUGGGAGUGCAAAGAAAGCAGAGAGUGAGGAGAGCAGCGAGUCGUCGUCUGAGAGCGAGGAGGAGCCUUCCCCCAUCCCAGUGAGCCAGAAGGUAAAAGCUGCUGUUCCAGGUGCCCAGGUGAAUGCAGCGUUGGCAAAAAGAUUGCCAGCUGCUCCUGUACCUUCCAGAGGAAAUGUGGUACAGGCCUCUCCAGCAAAGCCAGUGGGGAGCCAAGCCAAAGCAGCCCCUGGCAAUGCAGUGAGACCCGCAGAGCCAACAGACAGCUCGGACACCAGUGGCUCAUCGGACAGCGAGGAUGAGGAGCCCCCCUCGGCACCACAGGCUCAGUCAGCUGGGAAAACUCCGAAGGCCUCUGUGGCAUCGGUGAAAAGCACUCCAUCCAGUGCACUGGCAGACAAGGCAGCCUCUACUCCAGCUCCAGUGAAGGCAACGCCAAAGCCACCUGUGGCCACCUUGGCGAAAGUGCCGCCACCUGCAAAGGCUGCUGGGAGUGCAAAGAAAGCAGAGAGCGAGGAGAGCAGCGAGUCGUCGUCUGAGAGCGAGGAGGAGCCUCCCCCCAUCCCAGUGAGCCAGAAGAGAUUGCAAACGCCGCAGCCUCCCCCUGGAGCUAAGCCAAGCGCCCCCGUGAAAGCUGCACCAGCUGCUGCAAAGGGGAAGGAAGUAGCAAGCAAGAGCAGCAGCAGCUCUUCUGACAGUGAGGAUGAAAGUGUUUCAGCAGUGCGCAGACUGCCCCUGCCAUCCGCCAAGGCAAAUGCUCCAGCCCAGCCAGCAAGUGCCGUGAAGCCCCAGCAUCCUGCAGGACCACCUGCGAAGGCCCAGGCGAGCGAAGACAGCAGCCAGGAUUCUAGCGAUGAGUCUGAUUCAGAGGAGGACUCGGUGUUCACUCAGAAACCCGCACAAGUGACGCAGAAACCUGUGCCCACUCCUGCGAAAGGCCUGGCUGCAAAGAUGGGCAGUGCUGUUUCAGCCAAGGUGGGCAAUGCACAGUCAGUGGGAAGAGGGACAGCCAGCCCAGCGAGGCCAGCAGCUGCCUCUCUCCAGAAAGCUGCGGAGAGCUCGGAGACAGACAGCUCUGAUUCCUCAGAGAGCAAGGAGGCAGAGAAGCCAGUGAAAGCGCCGCCUAUUCACCCCUUUUUUAAGCAAUUGGCAGAUAAAGCAACGGUUUCUUCCAGAAAGGGUGCACAGGCCAACUCCAGUACACCAGGCUCCGUUUCCAGCAAGUGCCAAGGUCCUGCCCUGGUCACACCAGGAAAAGUGGAGCAGAGCCCCUCCAAAAAGGCCAAGCCAAGUCAGGGCCAGGCUCUGCCUGCGAAACCCACCGGGAUUUCCACACACACGGAGGAUUCGGGAAGCAGCAGUUCCUCAGACAGUGAGGAGGAGGGGGCAGCCGCCGCAUUGCCUGCAGCCAAACAGAUCCCACAGCCUGCAGGCACAGCACAGAAACAAGGAGUGAUCAAAGAACCGAAGAGCUCGUCUGAUGAGUCCAGUGACGAAGACCAGGACGCCUCGCAGUCCCUCCUGAAAGGUUUGCCUAGUCAUUUGAAGAUCCCAGCAUCAGCUGUGGCAAAGAGCGCUUUCCCUGCAUUAGCCAGGCAGGGUUCUGGGAAAACUGGCACUGCUCCUAUUGCAAAGCCGUCUGGGAAAGCAUCCCCUGCUGAUAGCUCAACAAGCAGCAGCAGUGACUCUGAGACAGACGCUGAGCAGCCUGUCAAAGAGAAAGCAGGGAUCAGCUCAUUGCCCUCCUCUGGAAUGGAAGCGGUUGUGGCCAAGGCAGGCAAGGAGGCCGUGGCAAGGAAGAGAGGAGCAGGCGUCGUGCCCAGAGCCUCUGCAGCAAAGAAAUCUACAGCAAAGGCUGAGAGCAACGGCAAAGCUAAAGGAGCUCCUUCACCCCUGUUGCCCCUGCCACUGUCUUCCAAAGCCUGCCCUGCGGGUGUCAGCUCUGCAGCUGAGGGGGAGGCUCUCACCCACGCUGCUGGUGCAGGAGCCCCGGAGGACGUGCAGGACGCCCCUGUUUCUGCAGCCAGCCUUCCAAAGACAGCCAAGCCACCUAAGGAGAGGGUGAAAGAGAAGCCAUCCAAGAAACGGAAACUGGCAGCUGGGGAUGCUGCUGCAGGGGAGCCCCAACAGAAGAAGCCAAAAGUGCCAAGUGACCUAGAGAAGCUGGGAAAGAAGAAGAAAGCAAAGAAAAAGUCCAAAUCUCCAGGCAGCACUAAAACACCAAAGCAAAAAGAGGGCAAAGAGAAGAAGUCCAGAAAGAAAAAGAAGAGCAAAAAACUGUCUUCUACUGAAGAUGGGUCACAGAAGAAAAAGAAAAAGAAGAAGGUGAGAGGACAUUAGAGAAGUUACCACAGUACUUGUCUGAUUAUUUUUUAUAUAUUACCUUUUUAAAUAAUUGCAAUGUAUAGAACCAGCUAUUCUCUUUGUGUGAAUGUAGUAACAUGCUUGAUGCAUCUUGGCUCCAAAUUAAGUUAAAGCUGAAAGUAAUUUUGAUACCACUUAAGUGAGCCAAAACAAAGUCUUGCAAAGUGAAAUCUGCUCUGCGAAAGCCGAAGGGACAGGGAACCUCAAUCCCAAGCAGGCUGAGUGGAAUGAGUUGGGCAGAUGUUUGACUGAACUGCCUUCUAGUGCAAUCCUAUCCGCAUCUAAGCAAUACCACCACAUUCCAUCGGACACAUUCCUAGGCAGCUGUUUAUUGCAGCCUCGAGUCAUGUCAUUCGCUUUAAGAUGCUCUGGGAUGCUUUGCUGUUCUUCCAGACUGAGCUGUGAUUGCGACCUGGGAGAAUUCAGAACAAGAGUGUCUACUUAAGAUACUUGGAUGUACGUGAACCCACCCGGGCCUUUCCUGCUACCUGUUCUCAGCAAGACAAGAAUCUGGCUGCACAUGGCUUUUUCUGUGCUGCAUGCCCAGCCUAGUUCUUCCUUGUUCUUGUGGCCUCUCCUGCAUUAUUUGAAGAGCCCACUCCCCACUUCGGCACCAGGACAACCUCCCCUUCCCUCCCCUCCCCUCCCC